AUGAAGGUCGCUACCCUCUUUGGUGCUGUCGCCGCCCUUGCAGGCCCUGCCGCUGCCUUCUGGGGCCAAAUGGCUGCUGGCAAUCUUGAAGUCACUGGCGAGGGCCCAGCCUCUCAAACCAUCACCUUGACCGACUACAACACUGGGUCAAAAUACUCUGGCCAGCUUGUCGGCGGCUUUUCCAGCGGUGGGAAAUCAGUCUUCUUCAAUGAGAUUACUCCUGGAGGUUACUACUUCUACGCCAGCCUUUGGAGGACCAGCGAUGGGUGCCACAACAUUGACUUUGAGGGCGCUUUGAGUGCGGGCCACGGGUACUGCUGCGGCUCUCUGCCUUGCGAUCUCGGCGCUUAG